AGACAAGUCACAAAAUUGAGACCAGAGGAACACAAAUGUUAAGUGAUUUCAUCAAAGGUCUGGUGGAUCGUUGCUUCUCCACCUCCAAUGGCUUCCCUUUACCUCAAUUCCUUACUCCCGCUUCUUUCUUCUCAUCCCCAGAAACUUAUAGAACCUUCUUCUUGUUCUUCCUCGUCUUUGUUGAGCACUUCCAAUCGUAACGAAGUUGCUCCUCUCAAGCCGAUUGUCAUCAAUGGAGAUCCACCCACUUUCGUCUCUGCUCCUGCUCGCCGUAUCAUUGCAGUUGGGGACCUUCACGGCGAUCUGAGUAAAGCCAGAGACGCACUUCAGUUGGGCGGCGUCUUGAGCUCCGAUGGACGAGACCAGUGGAUCGGCCAAGACACUGUGCUAGUUCAGGUAGGAGAUAUAUUGGAUCGUGGUGAUGAUGAAAUUGCAAUACUUUCUUUAUUAAGGUCACUUGAUGUUCAGGCCAAGGCUAAUGGUGGAGCUGUUUUCCAGGUUAAUGGGAACCAUGAGACGAUGAAUGUUGAAGGGGAUUUCAGAUACGUGGAUGCGAGAGCAUUUGAUGAGUGUACAGAUUUUCUUGACUACUUGGAGGACUAUGCACAAGACUGGGACAAAGCGUUUACUAAUUGGAUUUUUGAGUCAAGACAGUGGAAAGAAGAUAGGAGAAGUUCUCAAACCUAUUGGGAUCAGUGGAAUGUAGUAAAGAGGCAAAAGGGAGUGAUUGCAAGGUCGGUCCUUUUCAGACCAGGGGGUCGAUUAGCAUGUGAACUGGCGCGUCACGGAGUUGUUUUGCGCAUUAAUAACUGGGUCUUCUGCCACGGUGGUCUCCUUCCUCACCAUGUUGCAUAUGGCGUAGAGAGGAUAAAUAGAGAAGUCUCUACGUGGAUGAGAAGUGCUACUAACUAUGAAGACAGUCCUCAGAUGCCUUUCAUAGCGACUCGUGGAUAUGACAGUGUGGUCUGGAGCCGACUCUAUUCAAGAGAGACUUCUGAGCUGGCAGACUAUCAAAUUGAGCAGGUAAGUAAAAUCCUCCGGGACACUCUUGACGCUGUUGGUGCCAAGGCAAUGGUGGUCGGGCAUACUCCCCAGUUAUCGGGUGUUAACUGUGAAUAUGGUUGCGGCAUAUGGAGAGUUGAUGUAGGAAUGUCCAGUGGUGUUCUUGACUCUAGACCAGAGGUUCUAGAGAUAAUAGGGGACAAAGCUAGAGUCAUACGGAGCAACAGGGACACACUUCAUGAACUUCAAAUUGCAGAUUACAUUUAAAAAGCUUUGAAAGACGAGAACCAGACCCCCAUGUUCAAGAUUCAAACUUUAUAAGCCAUAUAUUUCAUGAUGAACAUAAAAACAGGGCAGCAGAAGCUAAAGAAAAGACCUAGCAUAUGCAGUUGGAUGAGGCCAGACUUUUGAACUCUAUGUAUGUACGUAUGUAUAUAUAUAUAUAUCUGUAUGGAUGAGUCAUCAUAAACAUACUAUAAUCAUCAAGUAAAAGGGUUUGUAUAGCAAAAAAAUACACUGGUUAGUAUCACUUUUAGAAAUACUCUUGUUACCAAACCA